AUGUUCGCCAUCUUCGGCAAGGAUCAGCAGCUCACCAUGCUCAUGUGCAGCAACUUGCAGGAAUGUCUCGAUCACAGAAUGGCGCGUCAGCUGGAGAGCAAACCUCUACCCUCGAUGGCAGGACAGAGCAGAGCGAUGAAGCACUACGAAUCGGACGAGGGAGAGAACACCUUUAGAAGCACGGGCGGCAAGAAGUCGAGCUUCAACUCCUUCAUUUGA